CGGCAGUAGUAUCUCCGCCAAAUCUACCACCACUAGCAAGCAGCGGCAGAAGUACCAACACCAUAAUCACCAUCCUAAGCAAGCAGCAGUAUUACCACAACCAUCAUCAACAUCGUCGAACCCUAAGCCCACAACUGGAUCCGAGUUGAAUAAACAACUCAUUGAAACUUAUGGUAUUGCCAUUGAAUACUGUAUAAAUGAUGCAUCAACGCUUUUAUUAAAAGAGUUAUUUGAUACAAAUAUAAUUGCAACUGCUCAAAAAAAAUUCGAUUAUAAUUUUCAUCCAGUUGGUUUGGUGACGGGUGCUCAAGGGAUUGGAAAAAGUCGAUUACUAAUGGAAUGUGUUAAUCAUAUUAGAAAAAGGUUUCCGGGAAUUUUAAAAGAUUUGGUCGACCUUAUCAUAGUAUCUUACAAUAAUGGUAAUACACCUUCUGAUUUAGAUUUGCAAUUAGGGGUAUAA